UUUAAUCCAGGUCCAGCUGAAGAAGUCUGAGCAGUCCUGGGAGCAGAAAUACAACAGAAUUUUGAGUGAAAACAAGACUCUGGCUGACAACCUGCAGGAAAGAGAGAGUGAGAUCCAGCAGUUGCGGGCAGAAAAUUAUGCUCUAAGUCGGCAGUGCUUAGAGCUUCUCUCCAUGUUGAAUGUGAAGGAGCAGAGAGCUUACCAAGGAACCAAACCUCAGUACAGCCCAGAGAGGGAUGCAAGUGUUGUGGAGCUGGCAGUUUUGGGUGCCUGCCGGUGUCCUGGAGUUGGGGAAGCUUGUCCAUGCAGCCGGACUGCUGCUGCCAGCAGGAAGCAGCUUGCUCAGCUGCAACAGGAGCUUGAUGCUCAACGCUCAAGGAGAGAGGAGGCACUGAUGGUUGCAGAUGCUUUUCGGAUCGCCUUCGAACAGCAGCUGAGAAAACGGAGUGAACACUUCCUGCUGCUGGCUGAGACCAACAUCCUGAGAUCCCAUCACUGCAAGGCUGAAGGUGCUAACAGGAGUCCUUUAAUCAGUGUAAGCCAGAGGUUAAGAGGAUUGCUGCCUUCCAGUUUGGAGUUGAAGUUGCCUGAUGAUCUUUUAGACACUCUCUACAGAUUGCUGGACUUGCUGAAUGACAAAGAGGAGGCCCUGGCCCAUCAGAAGAAGGUCAGCAUCAUGUUAGCUCGCAGUGCAGAGGAGCUGCAGAGACAGUUGCACCUAGAUUCACAUUACCAUCCAUCAGAUCCAGCAGAGUCCAGUGUCCCAUCAGAGCAACGAGAAAACCCAUCAGGGAAUCACAGCCAGUCUCAGCAAACACCUGAGACAUCUAAGUCCAGCAUCCCAGCAAAGCAGCAACUAGACCUGCCAGUUCCCCAGCUUCAGCCAGGACAAUUACCAUGUCUGUCAGACCCAUCACAGACCAAUGUGAAGCCACCGUCAAACCACAAGAGUCAUGAGUCGAAAAAACCAAGAGUCCGACCAAUCAGAGUCCUGAUCCCCCCACAAGAUCCAUGGCUCAGAAAAAGAAGUAGUAGCCAGAUUUUCAUUGUUAAUAUAAUGAUCUAGCAUGUGUGAUGUCUCACUGGGGCUGUCCCAGCAGCCACUGCAGCCAAAAAACCCAAAUGUGGUCCUGUAGAUUAGCAGUUUUCCUGCUACAUUCAAUUCUGGCAUAUGAACCACCAAAUAUCUCAAGAUAUACAGUAAGUGUCCACUAUCAACUUUUCCAAACCUUGAGAAGAGCUUCUUUAACUAGCAGUUAUUGAUAUAAAAUGGAGCAUGGCUGUACAGCAGUUUGAAAAUCAAAAUGAAGACCAGUGACAGUUUGUCCAGUCAUGUGUCAGAGUAGGAAAGCUUUUUGGUCAUGUCUGAGUAAAGGACAGAGAUGUCAAUCAACCGGCCCACCUUUCCAUGCAAAUGCCUGUCAUGCCUUACCAUUAACAGUGAGAGAAAGUAAAAUUGCUGUGUGAUUUGACAGUUGAGAAAAAUCUUAAUUAUGUGUGUUUAUUGUGAAAGAGGGAGGUAGUGUGGCAUUCUAAGAAUGAGUGGAUGGAUUUGUCUAUAAAAUGUUUUACUUGAUUUCUUUUUUCCUAACCCUACCUACCACCAACCUGUUCAGUCUUGUAAAUCCCAAAUUUAUUUAUCAUGUCUGAAUCCAUAGACUGACAUUUCCCCUCCUGUACACUAGAAUGUCCUUCAUAUAGAAUAACUUCGAUAAUCUACAAGCCCUAUUUGAUUAUUAAUGAAUAUUUUACGUCACAUGAAAAGUACUGGCUAGAUGAUAUAUUACGAGAAACAACUUCUGCUGUAACAAUCAAGGAAUUGUUAGGAACUGUACAAUAGCUAACAUGGUGUGACUCACUUGUUUUCGGUGUAUUAAAUGUGGCAUAUUGGCUAUUGUAGUAUUUUCACCGUUUCUUUCUGGCACAAGUUCUGAGUAUGUGCAGGAUAAUUAAAUAUGACAUCACAUUACUUAAAACCUAUUUUCUGAAUUGCAGAGCAGAUGCUGGGAGCCCUGAAAUUGUGAGCACUAUGCACCACUAUGUUGUUGAGAAACUAAAUAUGUUCAGUUCAUGAGAUGAUUGUUUUGUGGAAAUGAAGAUACAGAAAAGUAGUUCCACCCAUGACCUACAGUCCCAUCCAAAACUAUCAGUUAUUUAAAGCGAAGGGUUAUGCAACCAAAUAUUAAAUGUUAUUUACUUUGAGUUAUGUUAAGAUGAUCUGUUCCUUUGCCUUUGCACACCUAAAAAUUGGGUGGUUGAUAUACAAAGUGCUCUGUCCUAAGUUGUUAAACACAUCUUGAUGUAAAUAUUAGGCAGUAAUAUGUGUUGAGUGUAGCUACAACAAAAGCAAAGGAAUUCGCCCUGUUGUUCCAAUAGUUUUGCAGGAUACUGUACAUGGCUUUACUCUCAGAUAGAGCAAUUCUGUAUGUUUUUGAGAAAGUCCAUUCUUAAGUGUCCUCAUAAAGCCACAGGUAAAACUGAUUUCAUAUAGAAAACAUAAUCAUCCAGUUGUCCAGACAAAACUUAAUUACAACAAAAUGAAAACACAAUCAUCAAUGCGUAACACUAGCAUAGCUGUUCAAACAGCAAUAACUGUAGUAUGAAUAAUGAUGAUAUGUGGAGGUAAUUUUUUUAAACUACAACACAACAUGUUCAGAUUAUUGUAAGAUGCUGUGUUAAGUGCAAAAUGUAGAGAGGUUUUCUCUUAAUUAGUUGUCUUAGUGUAAUGAUGUUCAAACCUAAAGGCAUCUGUGAGUCAUCUGAAAGUUGAAUUUACAUAUUAAUCGUGUUCAAAGUGUUAUAUGUUGGGAUAAAAGUCUAAUUCAUGACACUGUGUGGUUCACUGUGGUGUUUAUUUGUACUGUUCUGAGGAAGUUGUGAUCAUUUCAGGUUUUGAAUUAGGUUUUCAAGGAUUAAAAUGCACUUUGGUGAAAAAAUGAA